AAUAUUUGGACUUUUUUCCUUUUAUAAUUUCAUAUAACAAAAAUAUAUAGAAGUUUCAAAUCUCUAGCUAGAUCUGUUUUCGUUUUUUCUCUUCAAAAUCCGCCGGUCGGCUUAAAUUUUUUUAUUUUAAAAGAAAAAAAAAAACUCUCUAAAAACGCUAGGAUCCCUAGCGCAGCGUGCUCUCUUUAUUUUUCUCAGUUCUGACUCUACAAAAGUCUCCGAUCACCGGAUAAAUGGUCCCGGUGACCGGUCCACUUACAGGAAAACCGUCUAGCUUCUGUUAAUUUGCGCUUUUGAGUGUAUGGAUUCUCAAGAACUCCCCGAUAAUGGUAACAAGGGUUUUCGCUACAUGUUACUUCGAAUCGCUUUUGCCCUUCUCUUCCCCAUCUUCGCUGUCUUUUCCUUAUCAUUCUUAGUCGGACUUCUUGCCAUUUUCAUGGGGGAACUCUCAAUUUCGAAUCCCAUCUCCAUCCCCACACAGUGCAAGAUAGUCUCUAGCAGUGUGGAUAUUAGGUCAUCGAAGGUUUGCGAGCUUGGAUUAUUGAAUUAUAAAGCAAAGCAUGUGUUUUAUCCUUUCGAAAGGAGCAAAUUUAGAUGCCGUUAUGAUUAUUACUGGACCUCAGUGUUCAAGGUGGAGUACAGAGACCACUCUUUGGGUCAGACGCAACUUGCCUUUACAGAGGCACCGAAUGAAGCUCUUCCGCUUAGUUGCAGACCUAACUUUGGUGCUGCUUGGUUGACCAAAGAUAAGUUUAAGGUUAAUGAAACCUACGACUGCUGGUAUAUAUUAGGUAUUUCCACAGUAAAGUUGUAUGAUGAUGGUUUUUUCAGUUGCCAAGCAAAACAUCCAUCCUCAAUUGAAAUGAUAAAGCGAUAUUUAAUAAUUGCAUAUUCUGGGACAAACAGCAGCAGAGCUCUUUCUGAAGUUUGGGGGAGAGAAAUUCUAAUAAGAUCCACCAAGAUUUUGCGGUCUUGGUUUUUGGGUGAGGGGAGAGCUAGAUAUUGGAGGUGGGAAACAAUAGCAGGUGUCAUCACUGGUUUUUCAACAUCUAUAAUCACUAUCAGCUUCGUUAGAAUCCUACAGCAUAUGAAGUCUUUAUUUCCUGAAGCCAUUAACACAGCCCCUAUCAAGCGUGUUUGUUUUCUUGUAGUGUACUUUUCGGUUAUAUGUUGGUUGGCAUCACAAUACUGGAAGAGGUUGAAUAUCCCAUUGAUUAGAGUCUAUAAGUACUACUACUAGGCGGCAGUUGGUUUGUUUUUUUUACUAGUGCAAGUUGCCCCUGGGUACAUAGUAUGUAUGAUGUUGCUUUAUAUAGUGGAGAUGUAUGCUUGAGUUGAGUGGGUGAACAAGCAAGAAGCAGAGAGAAAGAGUGGUAUACAGAUGAUUUAUUGUAUAAAAAAGAUGUAUUCUGAUGUAUAAUAUUUGUUUGCCUGCAGUAGUAGGUAGGAAUUUAGUGUACCUGAGAGAUUCAACUCAGUAGUUCACAGUGCAUGUUCUGUAUGGAACAGGAUUAUGAUUUAUGAACAGAAUCACUUUUGUUUUUUUGUUUA